AUGUCAGCAUCAUCAUCAUUUAGUAAAUGGCUUAGUGGAUUGAUGAGUUCUUCUUCCGAUAGAUGUGGAGAUGAAGAAGAAACAAAACAAUUCGAAAUUCCUUCCAAAGUGGAUCCAUCAACAACUGAUAACAAGCAAAUAAUGAAACAAUCAGCAUCAUCUUCUAGUAAUAAGAACAAACCGAGUGAAUCGACUGCUGAUAGAGAAAUUUCCAUUGAUAGUUUACCAAUGAUGGAAGAACAUCCCGAGGGAAAAAUUACAAUUGUUCAUAUGAGUGAUAGUCAUAUUUCUCAUCAGUAUUUAAAAACAGUUCCUGAUGGUGACAUUUUCAUACACAGUGGUGAUAUUUCUCACAAAAGUGAAUGGUAUGAUCUUGAGGACAGGAUUGAGAAUGCUGUACAAACAAAUCCAAAUGUUAAUAGAGAGGAAAUGUACGAAUCAGUUCCUAGUAUUAUUUCAUUUAAUGAAUGGAUUGGAAAAUUACCACACAAGAUUAAAAUUGUAAUUGCUGGAAAUCAUGAAAUUGGAUUUAAUGGAUUGAGUCCUGAGUUUAUUCAAAAACGAGUGUUGAAGAAUGUUAUUUAUUUGCAAGAUCAAUCAUUACUGAUCAAUUAUAGAGGUACUGAAUUAUUGAGAUUGUACGGCAGUCCUUGGACAACUAGUUCAAGAAUGGGGUUCUCCAUCUCUUGGAAGAUUAUCAAAACCAAGUGGGAUAAAAUUCCUCUCAAUACUGAUGUCCUAAUCACUCACAUGCCACCAUUUGGAAUUAUGGACCUCGCCUCCACAAGGGACGAUCCUUACUAUUGUGAAUAUUGUAAAAAGGAACAUAAAUACAGAGGUCACUGGGGUGAUAAUCAUUUGAGAAAUAAGGUCAUUGAGUUGAAUUCCAAUGGAAGGCUGCAGGCCCAUUUAUAUGGUCAUGUCCACGAAUUCCAUGCAACUGCAAUAGAGCCACAGACUAAGGACACUCCAAAGCCUCUCAUUUAUUCGAAUGCAGCUUCAGUACUCACUCACUCCGAUACGCGAAUUAAGACACCCAACAUUAUAGAAAUUCUUCCUCACAAGAAUUCAAAUUGA